UGGACCCAAACAACUCCUUCCUUGAUCCUCUCCAACUGCUAAACCUCUGAAAACUUGCAAAAACACUACUUUAAAGUUAACCUUGUCGUGUCUUUUCUGUUCUUUUUUUCUUCAGUCAAUUUUUGGGUCAAGAAUCAUUUCUAUUUUCAUAUCAAGAUAAAACCCUUUUAGGGGUUUAGUCCAAAGUAGAAUUUUGUUUGGUUAAUUAGGCUAAACUUGAACAUGAACGGAGAGGAGUUGACAGAGCAAGAAACUGCUUUGUAUGAUCGCCAAAUUAGGGUUUGGGGUGCUGAUGCUCAACGAAGACUAAGCAAAUCCCACAUAUUGGUUUAUGGAAUGAAGGGCAUUAUUGCUGAGUUUUGCAAGAACAUUGUUUUGGCUGGAGUUGGAAGUCUGACACUAGUGGAUGACAGGGCUGUGUCUGAAGAAGCGUUGUCUGCUAAUUUUUUGAUACCCCCUGAUGAAAGUGUUUGCAUUGGGAAAACCCUUGCUGAGCUUUGCUGUGAUUCUUUGAGAGAAUUUAACCCCAUGGUUCGUGUUUCGGUUGAAAAAGGUGAUUUGGCAAGCUUGGGUGCGGAAUUCUUUGAUAAGUUUGAUGUUGUAGUUAUCAGUUGCUGCUCGCUAGCCACCAAAAAAUUAAUCAAUGAAAAGUGCCGGAAGUUAUCAAAGCGUGUAUCUUUUUAUGCAGUUGACUGUAGAGAUUGUUGUGGUGAGAUCUUUGUUGAUUUGCAGAAGUACAAUUAUGCAAAGAAAAAGACAGAUGGAGCUACUGAAUGUGAACUGCAAUAUCCAAGUUUUCAGGAAGCUAUUUCAGUGCCUUGGAGAUCACUUCCCCGAAAAGUCUCAAAGCUUUAUUUCGCUAUGAGAGUGAUUGAAAGGUUUGAAGAGGCUGAAGGACGCAAGCCAGGAGAAAUUUGUAUCGAGGACCUUCCUGCUGUUCUAAAGCUGAAAAAGGAACUUUGUGAGGCACAGUCAGUAAAUGAAUCUCACGUUCCGGAUACCCUCCUUGAAAGAUUGGUUAUGGGUGCAAAAGAGUUCCCUCCAGUUUGUGCCAUUAUUGGAGGAACUCUUGGACAGGAGGUAAUCAAAGCAAUAUCAAGCAAAGGGGAUCCCGUCAAGAAUUUCUUCAUCUUUGAUGCUACGGAUGGGAAAGGCAUGAUAGAGGACAUAUCAAACCCUAACCUGGAAAGCUGAUCAUGUUCAGAGAAGCUUUAUGAACUAAAAUUAUAUGCUGGAUGCAAUAAUGGGCAUUCAAUACUCUUAACUACCAUGUAGGAGAUUUCAUAGUCAGCACUAGUGUUUUUCUUUCCCUGUAUAAACUAAACUAAUUCUGUAGCCCUAGAAAACUGGAGCUUGUUUAUUGA